UGCUCACCACUCAACCACAGGGGGCCUGAGAAGACAGAGCUCUGGAGAACCUCUGCCCUACAGGACGAUUAUCUCUGACAUCUUUCCAGAUGUCAGGACAAACCACUCAUCAAUUUUAACACAAAUAUUAUUUUUGUUUAAUGUUGUGUACAGCUAUUGAGGAAUUGUUUUUAUGGCUACAAAACGGAAAAGUUUGAAUUACGUAGAAUGGAUACUUUAUUUUUCUCCAGAAUUUGGCAUCUGCACAUUAAAACCUGACGUGAAAGAAGAAAAUGAGGGAAAAAGGAAGGAUCCGUUUUUAUUUUUGAGUGAUUAUGCCAUUUAUCUGACCGGAUGGCACGGAAAAGGCGCCGUCCAUCAAGAGAAAGGGCACCUUAACAUCUCAGAGGGUGACAUAAAAUAUGAGAAAAAGUGAUUAAAAGUUAUGGAGAGUUUCGGGCAAGACGAGCCAACACAGCCGGUGAACAGCACAAACGACAGUUUUAUUUCAGAUCCAUCCACUGUGGAUGUGGCAGAGAGUCUCGCCUAUCAGAUCAGCCUGUCAGUUAUCCUCUCCGUUAUUACACUCGCCACCACUUUAUCUAACGCCUUCGUAAUCGCAACAAUCUCCCAGUCAAAGAAACUGCAAACUCCUGCAAACUUUCUGAUCGCCUCUCUGGCCAUCACCGACCUGCUGGUGUCCAUUCUGGUGAUGCCCAUCUGCGUCCUGUACACGGUCAUCCACACCUGGACGCUGGGGCAAAUCGUGUGCGACAUCUGGCUCUCCUCGGACAUUACGUGUUGCACGGCGUCCAUUCUCCACCUGUGCGUAAUCGCUUUGGAUAGAUUCUGGGCCAUCACGGACGCAGUGGAGUAUUCCAAAAAGCGCACGCCGGGGCGCGCAGCAGGCAUGGUGGCCACAGCCUGGGUCAUCGCCAUCUCCAUCUCCCUGCCACCUCUCUUCUGGAGGCAGGUGAAGGCGGAGGAGCUAACCAGCUGCAGCGUCAACACGGAUCAUAUUUUCUACACAAUCUACUCCACCUUUGGGGCUUUCUACAUCCCCACAUUGCUGCUGAUUGUCCUCUACGGGCGGAUAUACGUGGAGGCAAGGAAACGGAUCCUGAAGCAGUCCCCCAAGAAGGCGGGUAAGAGACUCACCUCUGCGCAUUUGGUCACCAACUCUCCUGGAUCUGUAGCGUCUCUGCAGUGUGGGAGACACGACACCCAGUCCAGCGACACCGGGUCUUCAACAAGCGAGAACCAGGUGAAAGUGACCGUGUCAGACGCGUUUUUGGAGAAAAAGCGUAUAUCUGCAGCCAGAGAGAGAAAAGCGACAAAGACUUUAGGGAUAAUCCUCGGCGCUUAUAUUGUUUGUUGGCUUCCGUUUUUCAUUUACACAUUGGUGGUGGCCACGUGUGAAACAUGUUUUAACCCCGAGCUAUUUGACUUUUUCACCUGGUUGGGCUAUCUGAAUUCCCUCAUAAACCCGAUCAUAUACACAAUGUCCAAUGAGGACUUCAAGAAGGCUUUCCAUAAACUUUUGCGCUUCAGAUGCUGCAGGUCGUAAAGGAAUGUUCUUUUAGUCUCCAUUUAGAUGUAUUUAAGUUUUGAUAUAACGGUAUAUACAUGUAUGAGAUUAUAGAAUAUUAAGAAUGCCAUAAAACAAAUCCCCAUUUCUGGGACUGAUAAAGGAUUUGCAGAUAUGAUAUAUAUAAUUCCAGUUUUUAUGAAAUUAAAGAAGUAAAGUAAAUCCCAUGGAUGUGAUGCUCAAACCAAAACAGGGCUACUUGUAAAACGUUUUUUUCUUUUGGUUUGAAAAUGAAAGAUUUGACUUUAAGAAGGAGGAGAAAUCCAGCUUCACACCUCACUUAAACAUGUCAUACAUGCUCCUCUUGUUGAGCAAGUGCAGUGUUGUAGGAUAAGUUCAGUGAUGGGUUUUUAUUAUUCUGUGUUCCUGUUUGAAAUGUUGCAGUGAACCAAUGCAUAGUGAGCUACUCCCAUGUGAAGACUGACACAACAAUUAAUGGUAGCAGCAGAGAUCAUGGAUAUUUGACAUCUGACAAGUGAAAAAAAAGAUGUGUAACCAAGAUCCUUUCUGCACCAUCUGUACAUCAUGUCUAUGUAUUCAAAGAAACUAUACCAGUGGUAUAUAUUUUCAAUGUGGCCAAGGACUGCUUGCUGCUACUCUGUAUGGCUGUCUUUUGUUAAAUAUACACACUCAUGCAGUUGAAAAAAAGAGAAAAGAUUAAUAUCAGUGUCAAACAAAGAAACUCUAGCUGAUAUUUACCCAGCAGAGCUGAAUGCUGACCAUGGCUUCAAUGUUGCUGAACAAAUACCACCUUAUUUUACUAUGUGGUUCUAAUUUCUGCUACAUUUAAUCUGUAUCUACAAUGUUAUUUUCAUGUGUGAAAUGGUCUGCCCUCUCAUGGCUAUAAAGAAUGAUUAAAAUGUGUGUGGCCUGCAGAGCUGUAAAGAUAAUACUGAGGAUUUGUCAGCAUUAUGUGAAAUGAUGAUGUUCUAGGAUUGUAGGUGUUCACAUCAGAGAUGCUGUCCAAUAAAGGCUUUAACAUAUUUGUUUGGCACAGUUGUUGAGUGGGAGUUUUAUGAAUCAAAAAUCAGAAGUGAAAACAUUAAUUUUAUUAUUAUUGGCAUGUGAAAAACAGCAGAUAUUCUGACAGAACAUCUGCUGUUUUGUUGUUAAAUGUUACCUUGACUUGAAAUGAGCUUUAAGACAUAAUGGCCCCUGUGUAUCACGAUGAUGUCAAAAUUACAUUUUGACAUCAUCCACCACCUCUUGAGGUGCUCGUGGCGGAGCAUAAAGUAACACGGAUUAAAUUGGAUGAAUGUGCGUCAUUUCACAUCAGUU